ACCUGGUAACAGAUGAUGAUGCGUGAUGUCAUCAAGCUCUCUGGUCUUUAGAGCAGCUCUCAGUGAGACUGGGUCAGUGUUUAGAGUCAAGAGAACAGAGCAACAUGGCUUCAUCCUUUCUCAGCUUCUCCCUCCUCUUCAUCAGCCUCUACACAGCAGAUGGAUUCAUGGAAGCCAGAGUGGGCCGUUGUGACUUUAACUCGUCUGAUCUGAAAGACAUCGAGUUCAUCGACUCUUACUAUUACAACAAGGUGGAGUACACCAGGUUCAGCAGCAGUGUGGGGAAGUUUGUUGGAUUCACAGAGUACGGUGUGAAGAACGCAGAGUACUGGAACAGUGAUCCUUCAUUUCUGGCUGCGAUGAAGGCUCAGAAGGAGACGUACUGCCUACACAACAUUGGGAUUGACUACCAGGCUGUUCUGGAUAAAUCUGCUGAGCCCUCCGUAGUGCUGAGUUCUGUGACUCCUUCUGGUGGUAAACAUCCGUCCAUGUUGGUCUGCAGCGUCUUCAACUUCUACCCCAAACUGAUCAGAGUCCGGUGGCUCAGAGACGGACAGGAAGUCACCUCUGAUGUCACUUCCACUGAUGAGCUGGCUGACGGUGAUUGGUACUACCAGAUCCACUCUCACCUGGAGUACACGCCCAGGUCUGGAGAGAAGAUCUCCUGUGUGGUGGAGCACGCCAGCCUGAAAGCACCUCUGGUUACUGACUGGGACCCGUCCAUGCCUGACUCUGAGAGGAACAAGUUCGCCAUCGGAGCCUCUGGACUGAUCCUGGGUCUGACCUUAUCUCUGGCUGGUUUCAUCUACUACAAGAGGAAGGCCCGAGGAAGGAUUCUGGUUCCCAGUAACUGAACCUGGACCUGGUCCUGUAGCUGCUGCAGCUGCUGCUUCAACCUGCUUCAUGUGUUUGCAGCUCAGCAGACCGUCAGUGCUGCCCCCUGCUGGGACCGGCUGAACACCUGAUUCUCUGAUGAUCUUUACUCGAUACCGGGCCGGUCUGAACCCUGAUCCGGGGACCGUGCUGUUUACUCUGACGGUCCUGGAUCAGGUUUAGUCUGGACUCUGCGUAUCCCAGCUGAACUCUGCUUCAUCUACAUGUCAUAUGAUGCUGCUUUACUGUGUGAAUCAAUAUGAACUCUGUUUUCAAAUCAAUACAAUCCACUUAUUUAAAUGAUUCGGGGCUCGUAGGUUGUGUGAUUGUUAUUCUGUGUUCACGCUAAGAGAGAAGUGAACGUUCACCUCGCUUUACUCGCACUAGUCCGACCGCCGGCAUCGUCUGCGUUGGUCUCUGUAGACGGAGCUCGUCCUCCAUGGAUACCGACAACACGUCCUCCAUCAGCCACGGAAGAAAUAACCUCUGUAGCUGUUCAUGUUGGUGAAGUCCCAGAUACGUCACUAAACCAAACGCCGUCGUGUCUGGGUUCAUGACGUCACCCGGCGGCGAGCUGUAUUCACAUCCAGUGACAUCACACUGACUGUAUCUAGCAGCCACACGUCUCUACUGAACGUACGAACCCAAAGUAAUAACAGAUUUAAUAUCAAUAACCAGAUCAACAUGAUGCUGAAACAACGACAUCAUGAUGCCGAUCAGUUAGAACGUCUGGAUUCAUGCUCCGUCAGGUCCGUUACCAUGACGACAAGCAGACGGCUGUUAAAACGCUUGUUUUGUGAAUGGAGUCUGGUGGGAUCAGAGCAGGCUACGCUAACAGCUGCUCCAUCAACACUCACCAUGACGUCAUCUAGAGACUAGCGGUACGUGAUGGCGUCUACUCACCUUCACGCUGUGUGUCAUCGCUGUGUGAACAGGUCGCUGGGCUCUUGGUAGUGAACGCAUCGUUAGAUUUAUAUAUUUCUACUGGAGUGAAACGUUUGAACCAAAAUAAACCCUCAGAAAACUCUCUGACACUGUGAUUCAUUGAUCAAAUAUUAAUAAACAGGAAGGAUCACAUCUCUAUGAU